UGAGUGUACAACGUUCCGAGCGAGCUCCGUCGCCAAUCGCUCAACUCAAGCCUUUGCGCAGCUUGCAGGAUGACCAGCCACGGCGUAGCCCGCACCGCGCGGUUCCGAACUGACGAACAGCGCCAACAAGACCUCGAAAAGAUCCAGAAAUACCGAUCCUUGGAAGACCAAGUUCGCCACCAGAUCACCGAGAGCCAAUACGGCCUGGAGGCAUUCCAACUUACCUCUAAAAUCCUUCGUCUUAAUCCCGAGUACUACACAAUAUGGAACGCCCGCAGGCGCUGUCUAAUAUCUGGCUUAUUAUCCAAACCAUCGGCUGGGUCGUUGCCCUCGAAGGCGUCGCCGAGUACUUCAGCGACCGGCAUUCCCACAACCUCUUCCGCCGCCUCGUUUCCCUCAUCCUCGACCGAGACCCCGCAAGUCCCCGACCCCCCGACAGCUGGGAGGACUGGUACAACAGUUGAUCAAGAAUCCGCAGCGACCGCAGAUCAUGUUUCGCAACAGGAGCAAGAUACAGGCGUGAUCCGCGCCGAACUGGGCUUCACGAUCCCGCUGCUCAUGGAGUUUCCCAAGUGCUACUGGAUAUGGAACUAUCGAUUAUGGGUCCUGCAGCAAGCGAAUGAGAGACUCGACGUCGCCGCCGCCCGCCGAAUCUGGGAGGAAGAGCUGGGCCUUGUAAGCAAAAUGUUGACCAAGGACCGCCGCAACUUCCAUGCCUGGGGCUAUCGCCGCCAUGUCGUGACGCAAUUGGAAAGCCCAGUGCUGGACGGGCGAAGCAUGGUUGAGCCUGAGUUUGAGUACACAACCAAGAUGAUCCACGUGGAUCUUUCGAAUUUCUCGGCAUGGCAUAACCGCAGCCAGCUGAUUCCCCAACUCCUCGCCGAGCGUAAGUCGGACGAUGACUCCCGCAAGGCGUUCCUCGAUAAAGAACUCGACCUUGUCCGUGAAGCCCUGAAUGUUGGCCCCGAAGACCAGUCCCUCUGGUUCUAUCACCAGUACCUGGUCCUGAAUCUUGUUGAGCGAGCUGGCAGUUCGCCAAUAGCACCGCAUUUGACAGUGGACGAGCGGAAGUCGUACAUCCUCCGCGAAAUCGUCGACAUCAAAGACCUAUUAGAAGACUACGACGAUAUUAAGUGGAUAUACGAGGCGCUUGUGGAGUAUACUACCGCCCUCUGGCAGUUGACAGGCCAGGUUCGAGAACAACAGGAACAACGCGAUGUGGGGGUCUGGCUUGCAAGACUUAGAGAGCUGGAUCCCAUGCGAAACGGAAGAUGGAAUGACUUGGAGACGCAGCUUGAUCUCACAGGGAUUCCCACGGAGUGAACCAGUGUUGGGCCAGUUCGCCAUACAAACAAAACACUCGUGUAUAUGAGCAUUGCUUGUAUAUUGUAGAAAUAGACGAUUCCAUCACAUUGUGAAUGACUACCUGGCCCUGAACACCAACGGGAAUACGUAGUCGUCAUGCAACUGGCUUGUGCUUACUGUGCACUCGUUGGAUCAGAUGGUGUUCUAUAUCUUCAUGCAUUAUUAGAAGAGUGCAAACGAAUGAAUAAAGCUACAACUACAACCACAUUGCAAAA